AUGGAUAGUAAUAUGGAAGAAAUUGUUGCUUUAACGGAGCUGCGCGCAAAAGUCGAGCCACAUAAAAGGGAUCACUUUUAUGCAGAUAUCUCUAAAGCACGAACAAUAAAACAAGAGAUUGAAGAAGGAAAAAUAACUUUUUGUCUCUUGUCGAAUAAGGUUGGCGAAUUACAGUCAGUACAAGAAUUGGAAUGGCUAACGCAGACUCAAGCAUUGUUCGGAAUUCAACUCCCUGCAAUGCCAAAAGAAUAUAUAUCACGUUUAGUAUUUGACUGCCGACAUGAAAGCCUCGUCAUAAUCAAAAAGGGUUGUGGUGUUAUUGGCGGCAUAUGUUUUCGACAGUUUGAAUCUAGAGGGUUUAGCGAAAUAGCUUUUUGUGCUGUGGUGGCGAGUGAACAAGUUAAAGGGUAUGGUACGCACUUGAUGAAUUAUUUAAAAGAUUACCACGUUGGGACUUGUAAAAUAUACCAUCUGCUUACAUACGCUGACGAAUACGCUAUUGGCUAUUUCAAAAAACAAGGUUUUUCGACAGAGAUUGCAAUAGAGAAAGAACGUUAUUAUAAAUUUAUUAAGGACUAUGAAGGUGCAACACUAAUGGGAUGCCAACUCCACCCUAAGAUUGUCUACACAGAUUUUGUUGCAACGGCGAGGAAACUAAGUGAACUGUGGAAGAGUGCGACAGACCUCAACUCAAAGUGCCAGAACGUAAAAUACGAUGGAAUUGGUCAUCUUUUUGAAUUAAAUGGUUUGUUUUCAUAUCACAGUCAUUUUACAAUAAAAAAGCCUACAGAUAGAGCUGUUGCAGGGAAGGAACCAGUACCACUCAAACAAAUACCAGGACUUGAAGCUUUUGGUGCAGGAAACGAAGAGGAGGUUAUGACUCCGUGUAAAGACCAUGAGUUAAAAAUAAAGCACGUUUUAAAUUCCUUCAGAAAACACAAGAAGAAGUUUUAUCCGUUUUUUGAACCAGUAAAUGCUGAGGAAGUACCUCAGUAUUACGAGCAUAUAAGAUUUCCGAUCGAUAUUAAUGCAAUGAGCGAUCGACUUCGAAGCGGGUACUAUGUACAUGAAAGGCUUUUUAUUGCUGAUGUACGUCGAAUGCUUAACAACUGCUUCAAGUUCAACGGUCGUGACACAAUUUACUAUCUUCUUGGUUAUAAGUUAGCCAAAUAUGCUAGGAAUCUCGUGCUGAAAAGCUUUCCCGACGCAGAAAUAAUUCCUGAGUUACCCGAAGAAAAACCGUUGGUCAAGAAAGAGUACGGUAUUCGGUAG